AUGACAGAGAAGAUAACCCCAGGAGAUGAAAACAGUUCCCGGCGACAAUUUACAGCAACAGAGCCGAAAAUCGACACUCAACACAAUGAACUCGCCAAACCAAAGAUCAAUGGCGGUUUGCAGGCCUGGCUGGCUGUGGUAGCUCUGUUUUGUGUAUUUGUUAAUUCAUGGGGAAUCCUCACAACCUAUGGCGCCUUCCAGGAGUAUUAUGAGACUAGCUUGUUGUCUGGCCAAUCACCUUCGGCGAUUUCUUGGGUGGGAAGUAUCCAAGCGACGCUGAUCCCGAUGGUCGGUAUAGUUUCGGGCCCAUUGGUUGAUUCGGGAUAUUUGCGCCCAUUGAUUGUGACCGGGAGUUUCUUCACGGUGUUUGGGUUGAUGAUGACCAGUCUUGCCACCGAGUACUAUCAGAUCCUUCUAGCGCAAGGCUUCUGUAUCGGGUUGGGUGGCGGCAUCUCCUAUAUCCCAGCGCUGACAGUGGUGUCAACAAGCUUCACUACCAAACGCCCCAUCGCGAUCGGAUGUGCGUCAAUUGGAUCAAGUGUCGGCGCUGUCAUAUUCCCCGUGAUGUUUCGCCAGCUUCAACCCAGAAUUGGCUUUCCGUGGGCAGUGCGCUGCAUCGCUUUUGUAAGCCUUUUGAUGGCCAUCAUCGCCUGUUCAAUCCUCUGUCGCCGGCCGGGCCAUCAAUCUCGAGCACGCAGCCUCAUCGACUGGACGGCGUUCCGUGAGCCUCCAUUUAUGCUUUUCGCGGUGUCGCUUACAUGCGUUAUGAUGGCUUACUACGUUCCAAUCUUCUAUGUCGCCUCCUACGCUCGGACAACCGUGCAUACAACGACCAGUCUUGCUUUCUACAUGGUCGCUAUCGUUAACGGAUCAUCUGUCUUCGGGCGCGUUUUUCCCAAUUUGCUCGUUGCAUAUGUGAAGCCAAUUUUCAUUUUGGUGUUCUGUGUUGCCGCCUCGGCUGUUGCCAUGUUCACUUGGAUUGCCGCCACCAACAUUGCUGGAUUUAUUGUGUGGGCCUGCUACUGGGGAAUUCUGAGUGGCGUGCUUGUGACAGCUCCGACUUCUAUUGUUGCACAUCCUGUCUUCUGUCCAAACCCCAGCUAUAUGGGCACUCGCCUAGGCAUGAUGUGGGGGAUUUCGUCGUUUGGUGCGCUGGCCGGGUCACCGAUUGCCGGAGCAUUGAUCAAUCUUGACACGGCUUAUUUUCUACGGGCCCAGGUCUUUGCGGGGUGCAUGAUGAUGGGAGCUAUCCUAUUACAAUUUUGGCCAGUAUUAAAGGUGAUCAGAUAUGAUCGUGAUAAUCCUCGUUGA